GUGGGGGGUCGACGACUGUGUUCAUAUAAUACACUGCAAGCCGGCUGUCAGCUACACUCUGUGUUUGGUGCUAGAUCGGUCGGCAGUGUCACAUCCAAAGACCCAAGCUCCCUAACUUGUACAUAACUUUUUUUUUAUAUAAAACGAAAAACAUAAACCAAUAAGCUAAACAUGUCUGACGAAGAAGUUGCUGCACUCGUAGUUGACAAUGGCUCCGGUAUGUGCAAAGCCGGUUUCGCCGGAGACGACGCACCACGCGCCGUUUUCCCAUCUAUCGUCGGAAGACCACGCCACCAGGGUGUCAUGGUUGGCAUGGGACAAAAGGAUUCCUAUGUUGGUGACGAGGCCCAAUCAAAGAGAGGUAUUCUUACCUUGAAAUACCCAAUUGAGCAUGGUAUUGUUACCAACUGGGAUGAUAUGGAGAAAAUUUGGCAUCACACUUUCUACAAUGAACUUCGAGUGGCUCCCGAGGAACAUCCGGUACUUCUCACUGAGGCACCUCUGAACCCAAAGGCUAAUCGUGAAAAGAUGACACAGAUUAUGUUUGAAACGUUUAACACUCCUGCUAUGUAUGUCGCCAUUCAAGCUGUACUUUCAUUAUACGCUUCUGGACGUACUACCGGUAUUGUAUUGGAUUCGGGUGACGGUGUUUCGCACACUGUACCAAUUUAUGAAGGAUAUGCUUUGCCUCAUGCUAUUCUUCGUUUGGACUUGGCUGGCCGUGAUUUGACUGACUACCUCAUGAAGAUCCUUACAGAAAGAGGAUAUUCUUUCACUACUACGGCCGAACGUGAAAUUGUUCGUGACAUUAAAGAAAAACUCUGUUACGUUGCACUUGACUUUGAACAGGAAAUGGCAACUGCUGCAUCAUCCUCAAGCUUGGAAAAGAGCUAUGAACUUCCAGAUGGUCAAGUAAUUACUAUUGGUAACGAAAGAUUCCGUUGUCCUGAGGCUCUUUUCCAACCAUCCUUCCUAGGAAUGGAAGCUUGCGGUAUUCAUGAGACAACAUAUAAUUCAAUCAUGAAGUGCGAUGUCGAUAUCCGUAAAGAUUUAUAUGCCAACACUGUCCUUUCUGGAGGUACCACCAUGUAUCCUGGAAUCGCAGAUAGAAUGCAAAAAGAAAUCACUGCCCUAGCACCAUCCACUAUGAAAAUUAAGAUCAUCGCGCCACCUGAGAGGAAAUAUUCCGUAUGGAUUGGUGGAUCAAUUCUUGCUUCUUUAUCCACCUUCCAACAGAUGUGGAUCUCUAAACAAGAAUACGACGAGUCUGGACCAUCCAUUGUCCACAGGAAGUGCUUCUAAGCACAUAUUUGAUAUUCUCCUUGCAUACUCAUUCCCCGAAUCCCGAAAGCGGCCUCUGUCUCGUUUCACAGGCGGACGUAACAUCAACUUCCGCAAUAGUAAUUGUCCUUUGGUUUCUCCGGGGCGAAGAUAACUUUUUUCGAUUCGGAUGCACGUGGGACAUAAUUAGCGCAGAGGCAAUCCAUUCAUUUUCAUUUAAUUAAACACUAUUGUAUCUUAAACGUACUCCCCGAAUUCCUAAAUAUCCUUCUAUCCUAUCGAAUCCUUUAUAUUAUACAGGGUGCUAAGAUAUUUUUGGAAGAAUAUCUUUGGAAGAUUGAUUCUAAAUACCAAAUCAAAUAUAAAAGUUAGUAUACAAAAAAUGUUGAUUGAGGCUUAUUUAUUAAUUUAUAUACAAUUUCAGUUUGUAUUAGAUGAACUGAGACGAUUCUUUCUCCGUCGUUCACAUUGUCGACUUAUUCUGUUUCCGUCUCGCUUUAUCUGGCACAAAUUUAAAUUGCUUAUGAUUUAAUAAAUAAGUCUCAACCGACAUUUUUUGUAUAUCAACUUUUGUAUUUAUUUUGGCUUUUUGAAUUGACCUUACGAAGCUAUCCCAUGAAUAUAUUAACACCCUGUAUCUUCAAAUAACAUUGCCUAUGGUAGCAUCUUAGCUAACCACCCUCACGAAAAACAUCUUUCUUAUUAUCAUCGCAAUAUUUCACUUUACAAUCGAAAUAAUAAUUUUGUUCUUUUCUUUAUCGAACAUGCUAUAUAUACAUAUAUAUAUAUAUAUAAAUAUUUGCCAAUUUUUAAUAUUCGCGAGUUUGAGCAGAAGAAAACUAUUAUAUAAAUUAUUUUGGAAUAUUGUUCGAUGCAGAAUGGAAUCGUUGUGCGCAUCUUUAAUGCACGAAAGAUCUUUUAGUUUGGUAUCCUCCAAUUAAAUGCAUUCCGCUAUUUUACUCCGCCAAUAUUUAAGGACACUUAUGUCAAUCCUUCGAGAAUUCAUCAUUCCCAGCGGAGAUAGGCCUUUCUUAAUCAUAUCUUUUUUUUUUUACUGUUACCAAUCGUUGAGGGAAAAGAUGGCUCUUUCCUUUCUUUUUUUUUAAAUAAUGGGGGAGACCGCUGACCCAGAAAAAUCCCACAAACGCUCGCUCAAACGAAUAAAAAAGACACGGUUUCGACCCCGCAAGCGUAGCCAAAGUAUUAUAAUUUAUUCCCAUUGUAUUGUGCAAGACCAUUCACGUACACAUCUUAAAGACUACUUUAGACUUAUGGGAUUAUAAAAUAAAACUCUUAAAAACAUUA